CUGUCCAUGAAGCUCUGCCUGAUGGAAUAGCUUGUGGGGUUGUCUCUGGCUGCGACCAUCCUGAAUCCUUGCUUCACCUGUAGCUUGAUGACGGUUGCUUUAUCGGUGCGCUGUAUCUGGAGUCCUGAUGGAGUCUGGUCCUGUCCCCGUGCGUUCGAAUGGCAUUGCUAGUGAUGUCGCCGUGCUGCACGCUGUGUUUCGCCAAGCCACUUAGGGGCACCCAAUAUGGUCUCCUCUGUUUAUUUAAUCGAUGUCCGGCCAUUAUCUGGCCUAAUCCACGACUUAAUCUCCACCGAAAUCCGACUAGGCCCCUCCACCAUGAUCUCGUCCACACCAGGCUUACGCCUUGGCCAAUUUACUUGAUGGCGUUAGCAUGAAGACGGGGAAUGUGCCCUUUGAUCAUGAUCCUUGAAAAACCAAAUAACCGCGAAGGCCCAAAGGGCCUGUUUGGAUUGGUGUAUUUUGUCGGAAGGUUAUACUUCAGUUCAUAUUUGAACUGAAACAUAGAGGUUUCCUAAAGAAAAUACUUCUUAUCCAAACAUUUCCGAGGGGUAUCCCGUGGGGAGACAGCUAUGGAGAUCUUCUCCAUGUUAACAUCCGGUUUGGGACGCGGGAAUUGUUCCCAUAGGAACAUGCCCUAACAUGUGUAAUGUGCCUGCCUCCGGUUAGUGGUCAAGAUAGAAAAAAGGUCAGGAUGAUAUCAACUGGAUCUCUCUGGUAGUAGGCCAUGAUAUCAGGCUUUGCAGUAUUCACCAACACCACAAUGGUUCGGCAUCACUUAAUAUAGUACUUGAUUUCUACCACAGUCGUAGUAAAAAAUUGGCGGCAAAAAAAGCAUUGACCCCUGAAUAAACGCCUGUCAGGUGGCAAAAAAUCGACUCCCCUUACCCCCCUCACCCCCUAUUUAAACCAUCUACCCAGAGCAUAGCCUUUCUUCACCCCUACAAGCUAAGGUAGGGAUCUCCAUAUCUAGAGCUAUAUAUCUUUCUACAAUCCAUAGAAAAGCUGGCACCGAUUAGUACAUUAAGGUUCUCUAGACCUCCUUGCAAUCUCCACAAUGCAUAGAUUACUUGCCCUUGUUACCAUCACUGUUGCCGUUGCUAGCUCCAACUAUGCUUAUCCGGUGGAUUCGCACGAAGGCGAUCACGCCGCGCUUCUCUCCUUCAAGUCCGGCGUCCGAGGCAACCUGUCCGACUGGGGCACCCUUAGAAUGUGCAAUUGGACUGGUGUUGCAUGUGAUUCAAGAGGGCACGUGGUGCACCUUCUUCUCUCCAACUCCAGCCUCACCGGCGUCAUCUCCCCGGCUAUCGGCAACCUCUCCGCGCUCCAGAGGCUUGAGCUUGACAACAACCAUCUCUCCGGCAGCCUCCCGCCGGAGCUUGGCAUGUUGUCACAGCUGCUGGAGCUCGACCUUGAAAACAACUUCCUCGAAGGGCCAAUCCCAGAAAAGCUUGGCCUUCUGAGAAACAUGACCUACCUCUCCCUCCAUGGUAACAAUCUCACCGGCGACAUCCCCGGGGUUAUUCUCUACAACUGCUCCUCUUUGACCUACCUUGACCUAGGCAGCAACUCUCUCACUGGUGAAAUCCCUAUCUGUACACAAUGCCGGCUCCCAAACCUAACCCAGCUCAUCCUCUUCAAGAACCGCCUCGGCGGCGGCAUCCCCCCAUCGAUAUCAAAUUUUACAAGUCUCGAGUGGGUGCUUUUGCACAAUAAUUUCCUGAGUGGCGUGCUGCCAUCUCAGAUGUUCAAUAGGAUGCCAGCUCUCUACUACCUCUACUUAAGCCACAACAAUUUCUCAAGUGAUGGCGGGAACACAAACCUUGAGCCUUUCCUUGCUUCUCUAGUGAACUGCACCAGCUUACAUGAGCUUGGAGUGGACUCAAACGAGAUUGGAGGCAAGAUCCCGCCCAUCAUUGGCAGCUUGUCAGUCAAUCUCUCCGAGCUCUACUUGAAUGACAACAGAAUCACCGGUACGAUUCCUCGCACCAUCGGAAACCUUUCCUCGCUGACAGAUUUAUGCCUGCUCAACAACAUGUUGGAGGGCCCAAUCCCCUCAGAGAUAUCGCAGCCACGUUGGCUCAGACGAUUAGACCUGUCAAAUAACCGGAUCAGCGGUGAAAUGCCGAAAUCCAUUGGCGUAGCUCGAAGUUUAUAUAUCAUCAACAUAUCUCAUAAUGGUCUUCAAGGAGCGAUACCGGAGACCUUGUCCAACCUCACUGAGUUGGGGUACCUUGUUCUUGAUCAUAACCAGCUCUCAGGCGCCAUACCACCUAGGCUUAUCUGCAGCAUGAUCUUGGAUCUGUCUUAUAACAAAUUGACAGGUCAAAUUCCUACCAAGAUAGCAGGGCUUAGUAGCUUCCAAAUCUAUCUUAACCUCUCUAACAAUCUCUUAGAGGGGCCCCUACCAUUACAAAUCGGCGACAUGGGAAUGAUCCAGGCUCUUGACCUGUCAGCGAACAAGCUCUCGGGGGCGAUACCGGCGCAAAUCAAGGGCUGCGUGGAGCUUGAGUAUGUCAAUCUCUCCAGAAAUGUGCUGCAUGGCAGCCUUCCUUCUUCCAUUUGUGCUUUGCCAAGCCUCCAUGUCCUUGACGUUUCUUUCAAUAGCCUCACUGGCGUGUUUCCUCAAUCUUUGCAAGCACCAUCGGUGCUCCGUUACGCUAACUUCUCCUACAACAACUUCUCCGGUGAGGUGUCCAGUGAAGGCGCAUUUGCGAACCUCACUGAUGACUCAUUUCUUGGCAAUCCUGGCCUAUGCGGGUCUAUUCCCGGCAUGGCCCGAUGCAACGGGAGACAUGUGCGCCUCCUGUACAUAGUCAUCGUUGUCGUUAUCGCUAUCGCCAUUGUUGCCUGUUUAUUGGCCAUGGUGUGCGUUGUUGAUCACGACCUAAUGAAGACUCGUUUGAGGUUGACAGCCCCAAUUAGUCAACUAUCACGUUUCCCGACUGGACCGGUCAAUGCCACGGGCGAAAAGGAGAGUGAGCAUCCAAGGAUCUCAUAUCGUGAGCUUGUCGACGCGACCGAUGGAUUUUCGGAAGUGAAUUUGAUUGGGAAAGGAGGGUACGGACAUGUCUACAGGGGUGUCCUCUAUGACGGGACAGUGGUCGCCGUAAAAGUCCUGCGCCAGGACCACGCCGGCGAGGUGAUCGCCGGCAGCUUUGAGAGGGAAUGCCGGGUGCUCAGGAGCAUCCGGCACCGGAACCUCAUCCGUGUCAUCACGGCGUGCAGCACGCCGGACUUCAAGGCGGUCGUGCUCCCGUUCAUGCCGAACGGCAGCCUCGAGAGCCUCAUCCACGGGCCUCCCGGCAGCGGCAAGCAGGCAACAGGGCGGUGCCUGGACCUGGACCUGCUGCUCAGCAUCGCCAGCAACGUCGCCGAGUGCAUGGCGUACGUGCACCACCACGCCCCCGUCAAGGUCGUACACUGCGACCUCAAGCCGAGCAACGUACUCCUCGACGGCGACAUGACGGCCAUCGUCUCCGACUUCGGCAUCUCGAAACUGGUGAAGGAUGCGAGAGAUCCAGAGAUGGGCGACGCAUCGACGUCCACAUGCAACUCCAUCACUCGGCUGUUGCAAGGCUCUGUUGGUUACAUUGCACCCGAGUACGGGUUGGGAGGCCGCCCAUCCACGCAAGGCGACGUGUACAGUUUCGGAGUGAUGCUCCUGGAGAUGAUCUCCGGGAAGAGGCCGACGGACGUGAUCUCCGAGGAGGGGCACGGCGGCCUGCACGAGUGGGUCAAGAACCGCUUCCUGCUGCAGCACGACGUGGACAGCGUUGUCGAGCGCUCGCCGCUGCGUGAUCCGGACCCGCCGCAGAGCGAGACGAUGGAGAUCGUUGUGGAGCUGCUCGAGCUCGGCGUUGCGUGCUCGCAGCUCGCGCCGUCGAUGAGGCCCAGCAUGGACGACGUGGCGCACGAGAUCGCUUGCAUCAGGGACGGUACGUGGAGAAAGUACAGGGUGGCAGAUCUGAAGGAUGAUGACCAGCCACGCUCCAAUAAAUACUAGUAGUGUAUUUUUCACUGCCUUUUCCACGCAAAUUAGUAAGGCCAAGCAAGAUACUAUGCAGUUGUGUGAUUAGAAAG